AUGGGGGCGCUCGGGAACUCGCUUCGUCUGUCUCUGCUGCUUCGUCUCAACGAUACCUUUGGUGAAAAGCCCAGCUUGACCAAGGACGAGGUUGAGCUGCUCGAGAGUGUUGCUGCUUUGAAGACGGACGCCGAUGACAGCGAGCCUUCUGACGACCUGCUUCGCAAGUUCGGGCUCGCCCCCUCGCUCAACGUAAAGGAGAUAGACAAAAAGAGGAUAGGGGUUCGGGGGAGGAAGGACGUUAAGUCUUCCCUUGAACAGAUUGACUUGGGUGCGAGCUCGGACGAAGGUGAUCGAGAAGAACAAGCCGGUCAAUCGAUGCCGAAGAUGAUAAAACUGAAGUACGCCCCGCGCGGCAAGCCGGCGGCGACCUCUACUGCAACUCCUUUAGCUCCGACUUCGCAGGCUCAGGGUGAGAGUGCAGUCAACGACCCCGAGGUGGUUGUGGCCAUAUCUGGUUGUAGGAAGGCUCGGGCCGAAGGUCAAAUUGCCUCAGCUUUUGGGAGCAAGAGGAAGUCUGUCCUCAGCUGCGUCAAACAAGCGGAGGAGCUCUCUGUCCUCCUGGAGGAGAAGGAGAGGCUUGCGACUCUCGCGAAGGACCUCAAGGAGGAUAAGAAGAAGUUGCAAGAUAGCCGCUCCUAUCUGACGGAGGAGACCCGGAAGAUGCGGAGUCACCAGGAAGGGCUCGCAGACCGCGUCCGGGUGGCCGAGGAGGCUAAGAGGGAAGCUGAGGAUGAACUCUUUAAAGAGAAAUCCAUGAAGGCACAGAGGUCGGCCGAGGAGCGAGCUGAAGCUGUUACUUGCGAGCUGGAGAAGUUUAAGGAGGAGCUCGUGCGGAAAGAAGUCGAGGUUGGAGCUCGGGUGACCCGGGAGCGCGAGGAGGCUACUUCAGAAAAUUCAAUCGAGUUUCUGUAUACUUUGUGGACAGUUCACCCCGAUCUGGACGUCUCUUUCUUUGGUGCUGAUGCCGUGGAAGAGUUCGCAAGGUAUGCAGCUGAGGCAGCUGAAGGAGAGGCUGCUGGGACAUCCACUCAGCCUAAUCAGACUGAGGUAGCUGAAGGAGAGGCUGCUGGGACUUCCACUCAACCUGAUCAGACCGAAGCUACCCCUCCUACUAAGGAUGCUGCCGGCCUUCCUCAUGAAACCGCGAUUCCCCCCUCUAGCUAG